GGACCGGUGUAUGUGGUUUCACCCAUAGAUUACCGAGUGUACGUGGUUAGGCUUACACUUACACCUAUAGAUUAGUGAGUUUACACCCAAGCAAUAUGAACUGCGUUUAUGUCUGUAAAAUUUAGAAAUUGUAAGGGAUCUAUAAUAUAUGUGAAUUUAUGUGUAUAAAAAUAGAAACAAUUAGUAGUAACUAAACCUGACAGAAGUGGAAGGGGACCAUAAAUAGAAGGAAUGGGAGAAAGAUCAGACAAAGAACUGUAUAGUAAAUGUAGAGACGAGAAAAGGUACGAGUAAUUAAUUUCUUGGACCACAUUUUGUUUUUCUUCUCUUACGUCUCUUGCUUUUCGAUACGUUACAGAUUACAGCUCAGUAUCCUGUACCAUUCAAACUCAUCUUCGUAUCAAUUUUACCCCCUUGAAAAUAAAGUAAAAAAUCGAAUUCCUGGUUAUGUGCAUUCUCAUAUGUUUAUCCUCAAAGAUUAUGUUUAUCUAAGAAAUAAUUGAUGUGUCUAGGUCACGUUCGAGCUUCCGUUUUGGCAGGAGGCAGGAGCUUACUCGCAAUGUCCUUGUUUAGAAACUAACCAAAACACAAUACUUCUACGAAUUUACACCAUGUGAAACCCUGAUCCUCAAUUAUUCCAAUGCCACGUGCAGAUUAUUACUUACCAGUUUGACUGAUAGCAUGAAACUAACGACUCCAUAUUCAUGGAGGUUAGUCUCCGUGAAUAUUUUUCAUGUUACGGGAUCUUCGAUCCAAUAAUCUCAGAUUCUGGAUAGUAUUAUAUAUGAAUAUCUGAAACGGACUUCCACCAUAUGGAUGAUACUCUCACAUCAAAUAGUUAACUCCAUAUUUAGAGGUGGGUGCACUACGAUUUUAGCAUUUCUUGAAUUUAUACAAUUUUAUAAGUUAAAUACAAUGGAGAGGUCGCGAAUAAUAAAUGAUUUUGUUUGCUUGGUUGGUGCCUAUCAAACGUAAGGCGGUGAAUUUAGUAAUUAGAAAAGCUAAGGAUAAGUGAUAUUUAAUACACACUAACAUGCAUGGGUCCAAAGUUAUAAAAUGACUAACAUGGGAAACAACUAGGGUAUAUUGGCAUAGUAAGCGUAUUUUUCGUUGUUGUCAACUAUCAAAUGUUCAUUAAUAUAUAUUUGAAAUUAACGAGUUGAUCGUAUAUUUAUACGUUAAAAAACUAGUUGAUCAUAAAACUUCAAUUAAGAGGAAACUCGACCUCCAACAUAAAAGUUUUAGUUAUUCUUUUUUUUUUAAUAUAAAAUUGAUAUAACUAAAAAAAGUGAAGUGUUGACAAAAAAAAAAAGUGAAGUGAUUCAAGUGAACUAAAACCAUGGAUAUAAUAAAAAUAGUUAUUAGCAUAAAACUAGAAUCAUCCGUCAUUUGUAACUCUACUAGUGACUUUCCACACGGGACUCAAAGUUGCAAGUUCGAGUUUCGAUGCUUUGGGUUUUGGCUCGAAAAAAUUCUACACUGUAACCAAAAAUAAUGGAGUACAAAUUAAGAGUCUAUUUAACUAUAAUAUGUAAUUAAGCUAGAAAUGUUGGCCCUAUGAUCUUCUACAUCAAAUGUUUAGUUUAUUCAUCGACUAUUUUCUUUGGGGUCAGAUUCAAAUUAAACUAAUUUAUCCUAAAAUAGUUUAUGCUACUUGGGGUUUGUCGGUUUAUGAAUUUAAACCAAACUAAAAAAACCAAUUAAUAAAUCCUCAAUAAUGUUCCCUUUUACAUUUGUCAUCUAGAUCUAACCAGUUUAUCAGAUACAAAUACACCAAAUCUUUUUGUUGUUUUUUUUUGCUAAAACAUAUUACACCAAAUCUUCAAAUGUGAAAAAAGUUGAACCCUACAAAAAUAAAAUUAAACUUUUGUUCUUAAUCACAACGGCAAUUUUUUGUAAUGUAAAUGGUCACUUAAAAACAAAUGAAGUUAAUUAGUGUUUUCAUAAAACUAAAAAUAGCUAGAAAGACACGUGGAAUAUUGGACUCUUAUCUUAACAUUUUACCCCCAAGAAGAAAAAAGAAUAAUGGAGCCAAAAAAAAAAUUAAAAUGAGAGAGUUUUUUUUUUUUGGGUGCAUAUGUUAAGAAAAUGAGAGAGCUAUUAUAAUUAAAGAUCCGAAGAAGACGAGCUAAAGAGCCGGUACAGGUCAGAACUCUCACGUGCACUUGUGGGAACUCGACUCUCUUUUCUCUUUCUCUACAAACUCUACACACUCCUCUCUCAUCUCUCACUCACAAACACGUAAUCUCUCUCUCCAUCUCUCAACAGACGCUAGCUAAAAGCUGAAUCUCUACUUCAUUACACGCAGAAGCAGAGGGAACCACAGAGAAGACUCAUAGAUUUUUGGUUUUCUUCUUCUUGCUUCCUUAUCUUGUUGCAAUGGUGGACCUCAAAGAUCAAGACAUGGGAGAUGGGAUGCAAUGCACAACACAUCCUUACACAAAGAACCCUGGUGGUAUCUGUCCACUAUGUCUCCAAGAAAAGCUCGGUAAGCUCGUCACUUCCUCUUUCCCUCUCCCUAAACCAAACCACCUCUCUGCUUCCUCUUCUUCUAAAUCCUUCUCUCCUUCUUCCACCACCACCUCUCUUGCUCUGUCACUCUCAUCUGGAAGAGACAGCAACAACAACAAUAACAACAACAGCCUCCCGUUUCUUCUUGCCAAGAAGAAGAGUAUGCUCGCAGCUGCUUCUUCAUCCUCUUCCUCUUCUUCGGCUAGUCUUAUCUACAAGAGAAGCAAAUCUUCGGCUGCUGCUUACGGUGAGAGUUUAAACCGCAAGAAACGAAGUGGGUUCUGGUCGUUUCUUCAUCUCUACUCUUCCAAACAUCAUAUAGCCGCCGCCACAAAAAAAGUUAGCCAUCCUUCGGUAAGAAACCAGACAACAGAGACAUCUAACAAGGUUGUUGGUGGAGGCAUUGAUGUGAUAAAGGAGGAAGAAGAUGAGAGCUCUAGUAGUAACAAAGUUGUUGUAGAGACGCCAGCUAACGGUGUUGGUAGUGGUGCUGGUGGGUCGUCUUUAGAGAGGAAAGUGUUGAGAUCUAGAUCUGUGGGGUGUGGAAGCAGAAGCUUCUCUGGUGAUUUCUUUGAGAGGAUCUCUAACGGGUUUGGAGAUUGCGCCUUGAAAAGGAUUGAGUCACAAAGAGAACACUCAAAGGUUAUUAGCAAUGGUGGUGGUGGUGAAGCAGCUGAUGCUAUGAAUGAAAUGGUGAAAUGUGGUGGUAUCUUUGGUGGGUUUAUGAUUAUGACAUCAUCAUCAUCAUCAACUUCAGCAUCAUCAACGGUUGAUCAUCAUCAUCAUAAGAUGGGGAAUAAAAGCGCAUGGGGAAGGGCGUUUGCAAGUCCAAUGAGAGCCAAGACUGUUCAUAAAGGUGGUACUACUACAGAGUCAUCAACUGAUAAAAACACAACUCAAAACUUGGACUCAGUUUCUUCGUUGGUUACUAUGAGAAGUUAAAAGAGAUACAUUAUAAGAACUUUUAUUUCAUUCAUGUGAUUAGUUAGGCUGUUUAUUUGUUCUUUGGUUUGAUAUUUUGAGUACAACUAGUAAUGUAAUGUCACACUAUUUAUCUUUUUCAUUUCUAUGUUUGGCCUAUUGGCUAGAUGUUGUUCA